GAAUCGAAAUGUCAAUGUUGUCACUUGACCAGUGUAUAACGACACAAGUUUGUCAAAAAUAUCGAUAAAUAUAAUAUAUUUUUCUGGUUCGAGUACAUUUGAAUUUUAAAAAUCGAGUAACAUGAAGCUGACUAUUAAGAAACUUCAGGGUGAGGAGUUCAACGUUGAGGUUGAACCAACAACAACAAUUCUAGAAAUAAAGAAAAACAUUGCUGUUAAGUACAAAAUAUCUGUUUCAUUACAAAAGUUGUUGUAUAUGGGAAGAGCACUAAUUGAUGAUCAAACUAUUAGUUCGUAUCCUGCUAUAAAAAACGGUACCAAGUUGCACCUCAUUGUACGAAAGCCUGAGACUCUAUUGGAAGGUUCCACAAAAUACUUUAAAGAAAAGGGAAUGUCUGAUGCAGAAGCUAAAAAUACCGCUCAACAUCUUGUUAAAAUUGUAAAGGAGAAAUUUGAUAAAAUGUCUUGGGAUGAUAUUGAAAGAUUAGCAUGGGAUUGUAUAAUGUAUGAAACCGGCCAAAGUAGACCAUCUAGCGACGGAGAAAUGGAGUGUGAUGAUGCUAUUGGCUUGUAAAUUUAUAAGUUUAUUUAAUUUUUUUUUAUAAGAAAAUAUUUCAUCUUUCCACAUUCAUAAAUGGGUGAUGUAAUUUUGUGUAAAUUAUUUGGAAAUAAAUUACUUAUUACAAAGACUAAAAA